CAGCACAGUUUCUCUACUCCAGGGUGUUAAAAAACAGAAGUCCCAGGGACCUCUCCAGGGAAGAAGAAGACUACGAUCCUUUCUGGCAAAGGUUGGAGAAUAUUGCUGUCUGAGUUAGAGCUAGAGCGCUCCUUUCUGCCCCUCAGGGGUCAUGGUCAGCCCUCGGGGUCCACCCAGGGCCAGGCCCACGGACAUGACAACCCCUGGACCCUUCCUGCCUCCUUACGGUGUCGUAGUUGGAGUUUUGCUUCACCUCGUUGUUUAUUUAGUCGCUGUGCUGUAUAGUUAUGCUGAGCAGCUGUUCUUGAAAAAGGAUGACAAUAAAAUAAAGAAACAAGAUGCCCCAGUACCUUGUGAUCUUCACUGUUGUAAGGACGGGCCGAUAAGAAAUGGCCUUAUUGGGCAGAAGCCACCCUCCAUCAACCCUGAGAGACUGAAAGAUUUUGGUGAGGAGGAUUACCUGAACGGGGACGUGAAGACCUGGGAAAUGAAGAUAGUGAGCCGUAAUGAGGAGUUACUUAGGGAUGCCCUUCCCCGCAUCCCUCAGUCAAGCAGUAGGAGCAGCCUGUCAAGCUAUAACAAGCUGAUUCGAUUUGAAGAUAUUAGUGCAGCAGCUUUCAAAAUCCAGUGCGGUGUUCAGAAAACCCCCUGCAUGUAUUCUAGGCUAUCCAAGCAGUAUGGAAUGGACAUCUACCUAAAGAAAGAGUUCCUCCAGUACACGGGAUCUGUGAAGGAACGAGGUGUACUUUACCUUCUGACAUCAUUGCCUCAGGAUCAGCAAAGAAAGGGGGUGAUCGUGGCUCUGGACAGUAACUUUUCCAUGGCUGUUGCUUACCACGCCUCAGAGCUCCGUAUUCCAGUGUUUGUCAUCAUGUCAACCAGCACACCCCCGGCCAGAGUGAAAAUGUGCCGUGAGUAUGGUGCCAUGGUUAUAUCCUACGGCACUACAGCUAAGGAUUCCCAGACGCACGCAAGAAGGUUGGCGCAGGAGAAUGGUUACCUCUACCUCGAAGAGGAGGAUAGUGCUCUCUACCUGUCGGGCCUGGGGACCGUGGGGCUGGAGGUGUACGAGCAGGUGCCAAAGCUGGAUGCAGUGAUUUUCCCUGCAGGAGGCCACUGUGGCUUGCUGGCAGGGUCGGCUGCUGCACUCAAACACCUCAACCCACAUAUUUCUGUAAUUGGGGUUGAAUCCGAAAGUUUCCCUGUAUUGCAACAGUCCUUAAAGGCUGGCCAUCCAACUGAGGACCAGGCCUGCAGCAAUCAUCACUUUUAUGGAGAUGCGAGCGGACUUUGCUUUGGCAGCAAUUCUUUGCAGCUGACUGGGAAACUCGUGGAUAAAGUUGUUGCUGUGAGGGAGGAGGACAUCCUCAUUUCGAUUCUGAGAUUGCUGGAGUAUGAGCGAGCCACAGUUGAUGCGGAAGGGGCCAUUGGACUUGCAGCGUUGGUUGCAGGGAAGCUGCCGGAGUUGAAGGGUAAAAGAGUGGCAGUUGUUAUAUGCAGUGGAAACUUGGAAUUACAUUUGCUGCAACAGUGCGUAGCUCGUGCCCUGACCCUCGAUAACAGAGUGUGCAGAUUUUCCCUUGUGCUUUCUGACUGCCCAGGAGACAUUUCAAAGCUACUGGAGAUUUUGGCUCGGGAAGAAGCAAGAGUUUUGGAUAUCAAACAAGAACGCGCGUUUGUGACAUCUGAGCUCUUCACCGUCGAGGUCACCUGCACCGUGGAGACCAGAGACAAGAUCCACACAGCCCAGCUGAGGAACGCGCUCUUGGAACGCUACCCCACAGCUGCCUGGACCGAGCGGUGAUGGGCGCAGCACAAGGGAAAGGGCCGAGGUCCUCUGACAAGUAUUUUGCAGAGCCCUAAUCUUGAGGCAUUCGGAACAAAUAUUAUCUUUCAAAGCUGAACAGUUAGCCAGUAGUUUCAGGAUAUUUAUUUCCUGCUCAAAAUGUAGUGAAUGUCCUUGGGAAUAAAGUUAAACUCAAAACUUCAGCUUAGCUAAAGGAAACUUCUAGUCUCUGCUGGUGUUGGAAUUCAAUAAUUCAUUAUCAGCUGGCUGUCUGGAUUUUGGCUAGUAUGUAGGAUCCAACGGCGUUCGAUAAAUAAACAGGGAGAAGGCAUUUUUCUUUACAUCUGAAUAUAGACCUCUCAAGGGUCAUUUGAUUUUGAUGCCCUUAGUUAAAGUAAUGCAGCUCCUUCUGCUGGGCUUUGCCAUGCUACUAGUACAGUAAUUUUCCAUUUCCAGGCCAGAAGCGGUUCUCCAUUUGCUGAAUCUGCUUCCGGAGAUAUAUACAUGUGUGUGGGUGUGGGUUUGAACACACUUCUGUUCUGAUCUUUGCUAUCAUGUGUGGAAAAGUUUUGCUAACAGAAUACGAUUUAAAAAAAAAAAAACCACCAAACUCAAAAAACCCCUUGGAACAUAAAAGCCAAUAUUGUAUUCAUUAUUUUUUUCCAAGGGAAAAUGAUCCUUUUUAUAAAGUGAAGUUCCAAAAGAUGUUGCAGCAAUAAAAAAACCCCAAACGUAUUAUGAAUAUAAUUAGACCUCCCAUGCAGAACACAAAAGUAGCGUAUAAAAUGGCUUGUGUUUCUUUAUAAAGAGGGGUCUCUCCACCCUUGUGAAUUUUCUAAUUAGCAUUCCACUGAUCAUCUUAGUCUGCCUAAAAUAGACUCUGUCCAUCUCACCUGACAGAUUAAGUACACUGUUAAGAGUGAAAUAUAUUUAAAGACCACAUGUUAAUAGCCAAAGGCAGUGCCGGGAGAAGAGUAAGCCUAAGUCUUAGGCACAUGGCUAAUGCAAUUAAGAAAGAACGUAUUGACCUAAAUACCAUUUUCAUCACUACAGGCAGAGACCGACUAAAAAGGUAACAGGGUGGGAUGGCAAGAAAUGUAAGAGAAAUUCAGGCCCACUUCUGAGCGUGCGUACAACAGUCGCCCUUCCACUUGGGCAAAAUGCAGUUUAAGGCCAGCUGCAACAGAGCCGAUAUAUACCAUUCCACCUGGUUAAAUUUAACCAGGAUUGAUCCAGAUUUUGGGUGUAGUUAUUUUAAUGAGAGGUCUUAAUCCCGCCUCUAGCAUAUCAAGUUGAUAAUUAAGUAUGUAAGAUAGAUAUGCUGUAUUUAGCAGUGCCCUAGCAGAGCCCAGCUGAAAAUCCAGUGAGGUCAGAGUGAGCACCUCCACGGGCUGCGUGGGAUGGAAUCGUUCCAGUUCCCACGUGCAGAGCUGGGUGAGCGGUUGCUAGGCGUCCAUGAAAACCAACUUUUGCUAUAGCUUUUUGGGGAGGAAGAUGCUGCAAGCCCAUAGCGAUGCUCCUUUGUUGCCAUAUUACGAUUUAUAAAUCGAGCUUCCAUCUUUAGACCCCCCCUGCAGUUAGGAAUGGGCUUGCUAUAUGUUUCCUUUCCUGGUUCCGCAGCGGGAAACUUUUGUCUCUAAAGCACAGUGAAGGAGUCACGUGUGGAAGAGGAGAUGCCCUGGGGUAGGCGAGAGCUUUCUCUGCCCUCUCUUAACCCUAGUCCAGCUGUAGGCUAGGAAGGGCAUCAUCCAGAGAGUUAGAGCAACCUAAACAGAGGGUCCCUACGGACUAAAAAGGAUGAACUGCAUCUCCAAUCUUAUGCAGAUCUCAUCCGUGUUGUAUCUACUGCUUGUAGAUAUAUCCAGCUAUAUCUAUAACUUAACUUGUGCCUGCAAGGUGGGACGAAGAGGGCAGCGUUCUGGCUGUCUCUGCAGUAUUUUUUUUCUGGGAAACGGUCUGUUCGUUCCUUCUUAUUGCGGCUCACGAAGAAGAGAGAAGAGACUCUCACAAAUGGUGGACAAAUAAUAGAAGUUCACUGAUUUGACCUAUUUUUGGAAGGACCGUGUUGUUUUUGCACACGGAGCUAAAACUUACUGAUGCCCCGAUGGUUAGUUUCUUUCCCUUCUUGCCAUCCACAACGAUGGGUAUAGGGCUUGGUCUCCAGAACAUGUCCCGUAAAUCACAGCCUGUCAGACACAACUCCUUUCUUCACGGUCAGAAAAGUUUAAGAAAUCUGUAUAGAACUAUGUGAUGACAGACUACAUACUGUGUACGUGCUGCUUCCAUUGAAGCAAGCAAUGAACCGCACCAUCAAAGAGCAGAUCUGAGGAUGUAAAACCACUAUAAAUAAGGGUCUAAAUAUCCUCUCAUCUCUUUUGGCAAAACUCUCAGGAAAUUUUGAGGAUAUCUCAGGUAUCUAUGUGAGAAGCAAAUGGGACUUUAUAACCGAUGUUCUCAGUAGUGGCCAACAGCCUCUGCUGUCUCAGUCCUUGGUUUAUCGUUCUGCAUUAUCCUGGACUUCAUUUUUUUAGAAGUUGAGAGCAUCAACAGCUUCUUUUCUAAUCAGUGGGAACUGCAUUUAGCAAGUCUUCACAAAACUGGGGCAAGAGAGGUAGCGGAUAGAGCAACCAAAAAUCAAUGCACUCAAAAUGAGUGUACGAUUUUGAAAAUGUGUUUUGGGGGAAAAAAAGAAAAGAAAAAGAAAAGAGAAAGUGAUAUCUAGAAGAUACUGAAAAUGUCAGACAUGGUAUAUGCAGUUUGGUUUUAUUUUUACUGUAUUAAGUAUAAACAUACAUUGUAAAUCACUCUUCAGUGGUAAACACUUUACGUGCGAAUAUAAUGUUACCAGAGUUGACUUCCAUUCUAUACUGCUUUUAUGCGAGUCCAUUGGCUUUAAAGCUAAGAUUAAAUACUUCCAAGGGGCAAAAACAAAAUCAAAAUUAAACACUUAAAUGAAUGUAUGCAAUUGGAAAGAAUACUGAAACAUCUGUGCUGCUAACAUUUUUGCAUUAUGAAAUAUAAUAGGACUAUGGCUUUUCAAAGAUCUAAUAAUGUGUUUUUAAAUGUUUCAUUUAAAGAAGUAUUUUUAUAGAGAGUGUUCUGAUGUACCUUGAAAAAAAAAACAGCUUAAUGAUUAUGUGAAAAAGUCACAAAUUGUUAAAUCAGCAAAAUGUAAAUCUAAGCAUUGUACUUAUUUGAAAAACAAUUAAAAUUAUGGUAUGCCACCUCAGC